AUGUCUUUCCUUCAUGGUGUUCUUGAGAGUGUGAAGGAGGAUGAAAGUGUUAAGAAAUAUGAUGAAAACGUUGCUGAGCCAAAAUUAGAUAGUGUUCUCAACUCUCUUGAAGUUUCCAUAGGUAAGGGGUCUGGCGCUUUGGCCACGCAGAUUGGCAGUGUGAGUGCGUGGCUUGGGAGGUAUGAAGGUAAAUUGCGUGAGUUAACUAAUGCUGUUGCAGGUGCAUUGACAUCAUUGUCGAAGGAAAAAAUAGGUGAUGAGCUCAAGACACAACUGGAGCAGUGGAAGACCACCCUCUCACAAAUUUAUAACGCACUUAGUAGCAUAGAAACGGAACAUAUUAUUAAGUUAGAUAGUAAAUUGCACGACAAAAUCAUGCAUAGUUUUGCACCGAUAAAAACAUCACUAAAGUUGUUGCUUGACUCUGCUGAGGUGCAGGGGUUUGUGGCACAGGCUAAAAAGGUGGACACUGAGCUCAAUGCGCAGCAGAAAAGGGUUGAAGAUGCGGUCGAACAAAAGGUUCGCGAGCUGCAGAGUGCGCUGAAUACAGAAUGCGAUAAAUUAUUUAAGAAGACGACCGAUAUGAAUGAAAAAUGGAAUGAGCGUUUUGGUAUCCUUAAUAAAAACCUGGAAAAGAUGGCUCAGGAGUUGCUUGGUCGGAAGGGCAGCAUUUUUGAUAACAAAUAUAAGGACAAAAUUCUUGCCCGAUUUGAAGAUAUAAAGGAAGCUGUGGGAAAACUGUAUACAAAUAUAUCAACUAACAAAUUGGCACUCGACAAUUUGGUCAGCAGAGCGCAGGAGAGCUUUGAGGGGAUUCGAACAGGAAUUGGUGAUACAAUGAAAGGUGGUAUAAUGGGAGAUUGGGAGGGACUUAAAGGAGUCAUUUUGCAUCUUGUUAAUGGGCUUUAUAUGAUUGAGAAGGGAAAUAAGAAAUCCGGUUAUCUUGGUGAGAUUGAGGACUAUUUGAAGUCAUGGGCGGAAACAUUCACUGCGAAGAAUGCGUUUAAGAAUAAAGUUGAGCUGUGGAUAAACAAUAUAUUGAAUAAGGAUGAGUAUGUGAAGGAGAGAGUUAAACAGGCUGUUGGGGAUGGCAAUAAUUUGUCGAGUCCGACAUAUAAGACAAAUGGCAAUAUAAAUUAUACAGAACUCAACAAGCGAAUCACAGCUGAAAUCAUUAAUAAGCUUAAUGACCCGAAAGAUAUUAUUGAGGAAGCCAGUCAAGCGGUUUCAACUAAGAUCAAAGAAGCCGAGCGGACAGAAAAUGCCAAUAAAAAAAUUCAAACAUAUUUUGAAGCUGUGAGGGAUGGUUGCAAGACGUUUGCGGAGAAGCUUGAUACGAAACUAACGCACAACCAACCUAGUUCAGGAGUAAAGUCCUCCGCAAUGUUCGCGCUCUCCAAUACCAUUGCCGAGCAGAUUGAGAAGGAAGUGAACAGUAAAUCUCCACCUUCUUUAGCUCUCCAAACUAUAUUCCAAACCGCCGUCCAAGGCGUUCUCCACCGUCUUGUCGGCAGGGCGAGCCAGACUGCCAAAGCAAUUGGGAGUUUUACGUCCGCCAAGAAUAAAGGUGGCGUGGAAAUGUAUAACCUCGGCACCAACCUAGAGGCGGCUAUAAGAGAUGUAGGUCUGAUUAAAACAAGACUCGGCGACAAGGACGUCAACAAUAAAGAGCCUGGCAGUAGGAUUUCUAUGAAUUUAGAAUUCGUAAAAGGAAAAAUUCAGGCGCUUGAAAAAUUGUUGGUGGCAAAAAGCGGUGAAAUUGACAAGAAGAUUGAACACCUUCAAGGUGACAUUGAAACACUCGAUAAAAUAAGAGGCGAUAACAAUGGAGCAAUAAAUACGGCGGAAAAUGCAGCAGAAGACCUUAUGAAGAAGUUGAAAGCUGAAAUUGAAGGCCUUCUCACAAGCGUUAACCUUGCUGUCAUCACAGCCAAUGAAACGCUGACAAAGGCCAUCAGCGACGUGUACAACGCUGUCCUUGCAACCCGUAAGACGUUGACUGAAGCAAUGAUCAAUGUCAAAACCGAUAUCAUCCGCGAACUCCAACGCGCUUUCACCGAUGUUACCAUGAAUGUUAGGACACUCUUCGCCGAGGAACGCAAAGCCGAGUUGGAGCAGCUAAGGAAAUUGGUCAACGAUCAUACAGUAACGAUCACCGAGAUAAUUAAGAAAGAUACGGCGAGUGGAACUAAAGGGUUGAUGAGGAGUGUGCGUGGUACAGAGGUGUUGCAAAUUAGCAUCGGCUCUCUUCGUUUUGACAAAUCUGUGGGUAAGUUGCUUAAUGACAUUUCGAAAGCUGUAACAGAUCUGCCAACUCCCUUUACUAAAGACAACUUCAAAGAUUUCUCUAUUAAAUUUCAAGCAUACCUUUAUAAUAUUUACGCCUAUGUAAUUCACCAAAUUACUCCCAAUCGUAUGACAGAUGACCCCAACGUCAAAAUGCUUAAAGAUGCCAAAACCAAAUGUAACGAUUUACUUACGCAUUUUGUUGACAACCGAAAAAGAGAAUAUAUUUUCGACUACGAGUUCAACAAAAAAUUGGCGUCACUCAAAGAUGCCGUCACCGCCCUAAGCGCCACGGAAUUCGGCCAAGGCGUAAAUCCCAAGCUGCUCAACGUUGUGAAACGCGGCAUGACGGACUGGUGCAAGCAGUUAGGGUACGCCUAUGUGAACGUGUACGACGAUGAGAAAUUUGAGGAGGAGUUGAGGGACGGUAAAUUUGUUCUCACCCCCGGAAAAGAACCCGAGCCGGUAUACGAGUUGAACGACUAUGGACGGAAGUUGUCGAAAGUCCUUCUCACUUGCGUUUCCACAUUGUUCCAUGACAUUGAAAAGCUACGAACGCAAUGUAAAGAUGACGCUGCGUGGAAAGGAAUGCAAAUUCACCUACGCGAGAAAAAUAAUAAAGAGAAUCCACUCGGCGAAUUUUUUGACAACUGCGGAUUUAUUGUUUCGAAAGAUUAUAAUGGCUAUGAAGGCGAAUUGCUUAAUAAGCCGGAGUGCACGGGUAAAUAUAUUUAUGAUAGCCUCUACCUCAAUUCAAAAGGCUUAUUACCAGGUCAGUUCAGGGGUCCGUUUACAUAUCUUUACCGUUAUCUUCAUAAGUAUAAUGAAGUAUGCCACAUAGCUACAUUCACCGCAAAGAGACAUCCAUGUUCCGUGAACGAAAUGCUACAAUGGUUAAGCGGUCUCCCGCAUAACAAUGUUUUUGAACAACUUAAGAAACACAUUAAAACACUGUGCGACAAACCCGAUGACCAAAAGGAUAUCGAAUAUUCACAGAUUCAUUCCGAUAAGCUAACAUUCCAUGCGUAUCCUGAAACAUUAACGGCAGCCGAUUUGCGUUUGACAUUAAGUGACAUCUGCUCAGAUUCACGUAAUAUACUCACUUCUAUCCUGGGCAACGGCGACGCCUAUACGACAUACGCCUGCGACCUCUCUAACAAUUCCUCGGUUUUACAUUACCCCUCUAAUCCAUCCGCGUGCCUCGACAUGUUGCUUGACAUCCUGCGUAGAAUAUUCCCUCCACUUAAAUUUCUGCUGAACCAGUGUAACAAUGCGUCAUCCGACUGCGGUUGGUUGCAGUGCAGAUACGGUAAAGACAUUCGCCCUUCCAAAUCGCUGUGCAAUGAGCACACCAAAAGCAAAAUUGAUUGCGAACCCACUUCACCGUUAAUGUCUUAUCUCACAGACGGUCUUCUCGGUCACCUACCUCACACUCUAACAUCUAUUGGCUGUAGAGCUGUGUGCAUAAAUUGUCCUACCGGCAAACCAGGAAUGCCGUGUCUGACACCUCUUGGAUUCAGAGGUUUCUCAGGCAGUACACGUAGAGGCAAAGACCUAUGUAACGUGCUAGGCAAAUUGUUGACCAAUGUACAUAUCAAAGCCCUGCUCAGCCUCGGCACCAAAACGCCGGCCACCUUAUCCGAGCAUUUCGGUUUUGUUUCCUCUCUCGUUAACGGUUGGCAUAAUCGCACAAACAUUGAUAAAGACGGUGUUCAAAAUCCUUCGAGGACGCCAUCACCAAACUAUCCAUUGCGCUGUACGAAAAACCUGCAGAACUUACAGAUGCGCUUCGUGAUGCAUACGGUUCUGAAUCUGUUAGUCAUUCGAGUUGCCAGCAUUCGCAUCUGUUGA